AUGAGAGAAAUUGUGAAGAUGAAGUUUAAUAAUAACUACAAAUUAUUCAAAUAUUAUUUGUUCUACAUCAUAACAAUACUACUCAUCUUUUUGGUAAGUAAUAGUGAUGGUUAUAAUAUUAAUAAUGGUGUUACAAUGAGAACCAUAACGGUUGAUAAGUCUGGCAAAGGAGAUUUCACCACUGUGCAACAAGCCAUUGAUUCUGUUCCAGAUGAUAACAAAUCUUGGGUUCAUAUCCAUAUUAAACCUGGCAAUUACACUGAAAAGGUUAGUAUAAAAAGAGAGAAACCAUUCAUAUUUUUGGAAGGAGAAAGUAGCAGGAACACGAUUAUUGCAUGGGGAGAUUCUGGUGACAUCGUUAAAAGCCCUACGUUUUCAUGCCAUGCUGAUAAUAUCGUCGCAAGCAAAAUACAAUUCAAGAAUUCUUAUAACGUUAAUCAUAAGAAAGAAGUAAGAAAGAGUAGUAGGGAUGAUGAUGAUGCAAAGGCAAUUACAUGGGCACCAGCUGCACUUGUUGAGGGAGACAAAGUGAGCUUCUAUGGUUGUUCUUUCAUUAGUGUACAAGACACAUUGUUUGAUGCCCUUGGCCGUCACUAUUUUGAGAAGUGCUAUAUCCAAGGUGAUAUAGACUUCAUUUUUGGCAAUGCACAAUCCUAUUAUGAGAAAUGUAACUUGUUUGUUUCAAUUUCGGGUUCGGGUAGUAAUGGGGUUGGUUACAUAACAGCUCAAGGAAGAGAGAGUUCUAACGAAACAAGUGGGUAUGUAUUUCAUAGUAACACCAUCAAAGGUACAGGUCCUACCUUAUUGGGGAGGGCUUAUAGACCCCAUUCAAGGGUUUUGUUUUACAAAACCUAUAUGAGUGAUAUUGUCAGCCCUGAGGGUUGGAACGCCUGGGAAAGCAAGGGUCACGAGAAAACCAUAACUUUUGUGGAGGAGGGAUGUUUUGGACCUGGAUCAAAUCAAUCCAAACGAGUGCAUUGGUUGAAGAAAUUAUCUCUUCAUGAAAGGAAACAAUUGAUAAACAUAAAUAAAUUCAUUAAUCAAGAUGGAUGGCUACAACAGCAACCCCGCCCAACUUAAAGCAUGCAACAAAUUUAAUUUAAUAUCGAGUGUACAAUACUAUAUUUCGAGAACAAGCCAUCCCUCAAUUCAUUGUGGAACUAGUCAGAAGGACUGCAAAGCCUACUAAGAAGUAGUUUGUAGUCCUCCCGAUAUUAGUCCCACAUUUUGUUUGAGAAAUGGCUUCAAUCGGAAUACAAAGUAUUUAUGCUCAAUAUUUAGUUUUUAGAUUGUUGGUUAUUUUAAAUAUUUUUGUAUUUAUUAAAUCGGUUAUGUUUUUAUUAAGAUUUUAUGUUUUAAUAAAUAUGGUUUAUAUUAGC